CUAGCUAUUACUAGCAGUGCACAUCGCAAGCACGAAGAUAACUAGUAGUAUCACACAGAGAGGGUGAGAGAUGGAGGCGACGGCGGUGAGCCUGACCCGGACGGUGUUGGACGGGGUGCUGGGCAGCGCGGGGACGGCGAUGGCCGACGAGGCGGCGCUGCUGCUGGGCGUCCGGAGGGAGGUGGACUUCAUCCGCAGCGAGCUGCAGAUGAUGCAGUCCUUCCUGCGGGUGCAGUCCUCCGCCACGCGCUGGGGCGCCGGCGGCGGGGGCUGCAGGGACACGGUGCGCACGUGCGUGAAGCAGGUGCGCGACCUCGCCUGCGACCUGGAGGACUGCCUCCUCGACUUCAGGCUGCACGCCUCCCGCUCGCGCUGGCUGCGCUGGGGCCCCGGCAUCGUCGCCCGCCACCGCGUCGCCGACCGGAUCCGGGGCCUCAAGGCCAGCGUCGUGGAUCUCAACCAGCGCAACCAGCGGUACAACGUCUUCGCCGCCACCGCCGACAGCCACCACGGCGCCGACCUCAUCCGGGAGCUCAAGGCCAUCGUCGUGGAGCUCAACCAGCGCAACCAGCAGCAGCAGUACAACGUCUCCGCCGCUACCGCAGAUAGCCACCACGCUGCCGUAGCGGACGAGGGGCAGCAAGGGCACGCCGACGACGAGUGCGCCUGCGCCCAGCUCUCGCCCGGGGACGAGGGGCAGGACAUCGAGCGGGUCGAAGAGACGAAGCAUCUGGCCGAUCUGGUCAAAGGCGACGGCGCGAGAGUGGUGUCGGUGUGGGGCAUGGGCGGGAUGGGGAAGUCGUCGCUGGUGAGGAUGCUGUACAACGACAGGGACUUCAUCGACGGCUUCGACGGCCGCGCCUGGUUCACCGUGACGCACCCGCUUGAGAGCACCGACGAGCUGGAGCGCCAGCUCAGGAAGCAGCUCGUCGUGGAGCCCCGCCGCGCCGACGGCACCGUCCAAGAGUGGUUGGAGGCGAAGCGGUGCCUCGUCGUGGUGGACGACGUGUCCUCGCCAGAGGAGUGGGAUCUCAUAUGGCGGUGCCUCGCCGCGAACGGCACCGCGGGCACGGGCAGCCGGGUCAUCGUGACGACGCGGCGAAACGAUGUCGCCCUGCGGUGCGCGGGAGACGUGAAGGGUGUGUACGAGCUCAAGCCUCUAGAUGAUAAGGAGGGCCGGAAACUGCUCUAUCAAAAGGUUUACAAGAAAGCUGAGUGUAUGAUGACGAAAGAUAUGGUGGAGCAAGCGAGUCGUAUCUUAGAGCGAUGUCGGGGCCUUCCACUUGCUAUAGCCACCAUAGGAGGUUUAUUGGCUAACAGGCCCAAAACAAGCAGAGAAUGGAUGGAUUUGCGACAACAUCUUGGGUCAGAGCUAGAGUCAGACCGAGAUAUCAAAAGAGUUAUCACCUCAAGCUAUGAUGGGCUGCCAUAUCAUCUCAAGUGUUGCUUCUUGUACCUAAGUAUCUUCCCCGAGAACCAUGAGAUUAGGCUUACCCGCUUAUUGCGGCGGUGGAUAGCUGAAGGCUAUAUAACAAAGCCAUAUGACAUGAGCGUCGAGGAACUUGGACGGAGGUACUACAAUGAGCUCAUCAGUAGAAGUAUGAUCCAGCCUUCGGAGGAGGCCAGGGCUAGCAUGGCGGUUGAACGCUGUCGUGUUCAUAGUGUGGCGCUCCAAAUAAUCAUGUCCAAAUCUAUUGAGGAGAACCAGCUCUUCAUCAUGGAUAAGCACUGCAAUGAGGGUCCACAAACUAAGGUACGCCACUUGGUAGUGACAAGGUGGAAGAGAAAUGAAAAGAUGGCAAGCAUAAACUUUUCUCAGGUACGAUCAUUGACAAUCUUUGGAAGGUGCCCUAUGUCCCUCAUCUCCUCCGAAUUGCGCUUGUUGAGAGUUCUUGACUUGGAAGACACACUUGAGCUAGAGAAUGAUGAUCUCAAGCACAUCGGGGAGCUGCACCAUCUAAGAUACCUUGGUCUGCGAAAGACAAAUAUUUCAAGACUUCCUUCCUCUCUGCAGAACCUCGGGUUCCUAGAGACAUUAGAUGUUCAAGACACAAAAGUGACACAACUACCAGUUGGUAUCAUCAAACUGGAGAAGCUACGUCACCUUGUGGGUGGAGUCAACUUUGCCAAAGAUUUUGCAGCGAAGACGAGGAAAAUGAAGGAAGAAGCAAAAUGUAAUGGUGGUCCCUUUCAAACCUUUGUAGACUUGGUUACCGGGUGCUUUGGUUACGAUCAUGUUUGCUCAGGUUGCGCAUGUGAGUUUAGUGUAACAGCUCCAGAGGGAAAUCAGGGAAUCGAGAAGCUAAGGAACCUACAAGUGCUAGGGGUGGUGCACAUUGCACAAGGAAGCAGAGUGGCCAGAGACUUGGGUAAGCUCACCAGCUUGCGCAGAUUAGGUGUGGAGGUACAAAUGGUAGGGGAAGAAGGGAAGGAUUUAUGCAGCUCAAUAGCAAAUCUUGUUCAUCUAGAACGACUUGAAGUGCGCUCUAAGUCGCUUGAAUUUCUGAAAGAAACAAAGUCACUGCCACCAAAGCAUCUCCUAUCAUUGCGCCUGAGUGGCCGUUUAGGCAAACUCCCAGGUUGGAUGGAUUCCCUCCACGAUCUAGCCAAGGUAAAGCUAAUUCAGACACAAUUGAAGCAGGUUGACAUUGAUGUGCUGGGGAAGCUGCGCAACCUUACUCUUCUUGCACUCUGGGAGGAGUCCUUCGUCGAGAAGACUGCAUGUUUUGGGGAAGGUACAUUCCCAAUGCUCAAAGUGCUUUACAUAGAAGGGCUGGAGAACAUCACGACCAUACAAAUCGAGGAAGGUGCCUUGCCCGAGCUGGAGAAACUUGAAGUGAAUAACUGCACUAACUUGGAUGAUACUGAUAAGGGCUUGUCCCUUGUGUUGGCCGCCCUGAAAAAACUGAAUGAACUUGUCUUGAAAAGUUGUGGUAACAAACCAUGUCUGGAGAAGGAACUUCUGAAGCAGAUGAGUGGACUUAAGCGCCCCAAGUUUAUUACUGGCAAGUCCAUUGUAUCUAGGAGUUAGCACACAAGUUUAUUUGAACUCUCUAGAAUAUAUCAUGUAAUAUUUUUUUAAAGAUUGUCAUGUGUUUUGGUAUAUUUUUCCAAGGAAGAUUGGUCAUUUUUGGCAAUAUCAAUGUCAUAAGUUUGAACAUAUUCUUGGGAAAUUUCACCGGCAAAGUUGCUUGGUGAAAAUCAAGUUCCAGAGCGACAUUCUUUCUACAACAUCAAGAGAGAUUAGCUUU